AUGCUGACUACACUCGCAGCUGCUGCUAUGGCGCACUCUAGUGUCAACCAUGUUCACGAUCUCACUGACGACACGUUCAGAGGCUUCGUGGAGCAGAAUGAUAUGGUGCUUGUUGGCUUCGUUCUGCCUUUCCUGCCUGGCUUCCAAAGAUUUUCAAGAGAAUACCUCGAGGCAGCUCAAGUGCUGCAUGGCUCUAGGGUUCAGUUCGCGACAAUAGACUGCCAAAAGCAGACUCGGGUGUCUGAAGAAUUUGUGUUCAGCCGCUGGCCAACAGUCAAACUGUUCCGGGGCUAUGGCAAUGUCAAGCAGUAUGAAGGAGCAUGGAAAACAUCAGACAUUGUCUCCUGGUUGACGAGGCAAACCCUUCCUGCGAUCUCUGAAGUCACCGCAGACUCUCUGCAAGAACUCAAAAGCAAGAGCGAUGUGGUGGUCGUCGGGUUCUUCGCGCCUGGUGACAAAGACUCUCGCGAAGCCUUCACCUCUGUUGCAGAGGCUCUGCAUGAAGACUACCUGUUCGGCAUCACAGGUGAUGAGGAUCUUGCGAGACGGGAGCAAAUCGCCGUCCCAGGAAUUGUGUUAUACAAGAACUUUGAUGAGAAGAAGAACAUCCUUGAGAUGCCAUCUUAUGAUAGCCGGGCUAUCUCCGCUUUUGUCAAAGCUGCGAGUACGCCCUUGGUCGCUGAUUUUCACCCCGAACUUCAUGUCAACUUUGUAAAUACUGGCCUUCCACUUGGCUACAUCCUCACCGAGAGUGCCGACGAACGAGCUCAACUUUCUAGAUUGGUGGCGCCGUUGGCUAAGAAGUACAGGGGCACGAUCAUAUUUGGCCUGGUGGAUGUCAAAGUCUUCAAUUCAAUAGCAGACGAUCUGCGCCUCGAACCCAACAAGUGGCCCGCCUUUGCCAUCAAAGACGCCGUCAAAGGGCAUCGCUUCCCACUCCUCGAUCAAGGUCAACAGCUGUCGGAACAAGCACUCGGCUCAUUCGUCGAAAGCUUUGUGAAUGGCGAGCUGAAGCCAGUCAUCAAAUCAGAGCCUGUACCGGAAACGCAGGAAGGACCUGUGACUGUCAUUGUCGGUCACACUUACGAUCACCUUGUCAUCAAUAACGACAAGGAUGUUCUGGUUGAUUACUACACGCAGUGGUGUGGCCCUUGUAAAGCAAUGGCACCCACCUACGAAAAGCUCGCACAGCUUUACGUCUCCCACCUGACUGGCUGCGGUCGAGUCACAAUCGCAAAGGUAGACGCAGAGGCUAAUGAUGUCCCGGGCGAUAUUAGAGGGUUUCCGACGUUCAAACUCUUCCCAGCCGGUUCCAAAGAGUCUCCCGUGCAAUACGUUGGUCCAUGGACUAUCGCGGAUUUUGCCAACUUUGUCAGAGACAAUGGGAAGCACAAGAUUGAUGUGCUUAUAAAGAUCAAUGCCGGCGAUUCCAAGUUGAUUCAGGAAGAUCAUCCCAUCCCGCGAGAACAGGUGUGA